GUUCAAUUUCCCGAACUGCCAGUCCAUUUCUAUCAUCGAGAAAUUCUUUUCGCUAUUGGGAAUUUGAUUGGGCGCACAGUGAAGCUGGAUUACCAUACGGAGACGCUGCAAAGGGGGAAGUUUGCACGGAUUGCAAUUGAUUUAGACAUGACAAAACCAGGUCCGAUGUUGAUUUAUCUCGAUGGAAUACAGCAGCAGGUUGUCUAUGAAAAUCUCCCUCAAAUUUGUUACGGAUGUGACAGAAUUGGGCAUCUCGAAGAGGGCUGCCCUGAGCGAAAUCCUCCCCAGGUUUUAGCUCUGGCUGUGGUUGCUGAGGGCACCUCGAUGAAUCCUCCGGUGAGCCAAUCGCCGGAGCUCCCAACCGGCUAUGGUUCGUGGAUGCAAGUCACGCGGAAGUCACGAAAACAGACGAAGAACAAAUUAGGUAAUUCACCAAACUUACCUCUGACAAUUGGCGCGGAUUCAGGAAAGAAUGAAGCUAAAUCAAGUGGAAAAGGGAAAGUGGAUAAUCCUAAAGGAGUAAAUGUAGUGGAAAAGAAAGGAAAGAAGGAUUUCAAAGAAGAGCAGAAGAAGGGGUUGCAAGGAAUACAAAAGGGGAAAGCAGUGGUUUUGGAAGCAGAGGAUGCUAACGGGAAGAAGAAGAGUAACGGCUCUGUAGAGUGGCGGGUAAAGGAUUAUAAGGAAAAACGUCUCAAGCAGGCCCAUCUUUGGUCUCGAAGGCCCAAAACCCGCCGGUGGGCCAAGCCUCUGCGUCUCCAAGUUCGGCCCUAUCGCAGGAAGUGA